AAGAGAAACCAGUCCCACUACAAUCACACCAUUCAGGCGAAUCAGGUGAUUUCUCUUUUCACAGCAGUUCUGAUUAAACAUCAUGGCAUGCGCUUUUGGAGACAUUAUGAAAAUAGACACCACUGGGGCAUCAGAUGUGACAGCAAGACAGGACAGUUUACAUGUUAAGGUCAAAGGGGUUGAAGCCUCCAAAAAACUGGCUGAGCACGAUCUGGCCCGUAUGGACAAAUACAAGAGUAUAAUCACCAAAGUUGGCAGAGCAAAGAAAAUGAACCCAGCCGUGAUUGCUGCCAUCAUAUCCAGAGAGUCGAGAGCUGGAUCCAUUCUAAAAAAUGGGUGGGGUGAUCAUGGCAAUGGCUUUGGCCUCAUGCAGGUUGACAAACGCUUCCACGCUUUAGUAGGUGCAUGGGACAGUGAGAAGCAUGUUGAACAAGGAACUGACAUACUGAUUGACUUUAUUAAAAGAAUACAAGCUAAAUUUCCCCAGUGGUCUGAAGAACAGUGUUUUAAAGGGGGAAUCUCAGCCUACAAUGCAGGUGUGGGGAAUGUCCAGUCAUAUGAGCGUAUGGACGUUGGUACAACAGGAGAUGACUAUGCCAAUGAUGUUGUUGCCAGAGCCCAGUGGUUCAAAAGCAAAGGUUACUAAAGAACAGCAUUUAUUGUGUAACUCUUACAUUAACCUAUGUGAAACUAAUCAACUGGUAGAAGAAAAAACAACACGGUUUGAAGGAAAUUACAAUAUUGGGAAGAAUAUUUCAAUAUAGAUUAAGAUAUGGAUUUAGGUUUAUAGAUUACUGAUACAAUCUUUCCAUUUUAAAAUGUUGGGAUGUUUUAAAAAUAGUUUGUUCUUUAGCUUUUGCUUCUCUAUCUUCUGUAUCCAGCAACUAUUAGUUAAUGCUAAAUUAUGCAUUAGCCUAUCUAUGAUGAUGAUGAUGAUGAUGAUGAUGAUGAGAUGAAAUAAAACACAAUUAUU